AUGUUCGGUCGUUUGUUAGGUCGUACCGCUUCCCCUCCAAGGGCUAUUGGAGCUCCUCUUUCUCGCACAACUACUACUACAUCAGGUGGAGAGGAUUCAACUACGUCUGCCGAGCGCGAUGCUAGGGAUAAGGAAAUCGUCGAGGCUGCUAUCGAGGAGGCUGUGAAGAAGGCCUUGAACUCGGAUGUUUUCUCAAAUGCUAUCGCUACCUCUUUGGUCUCGCAGAUUAAACCUGCCUUCGAAUCAUCCAUCAGUUCUAUCCCUACCGCCAUUCAAAAUGUUUCCCUCAAUGUUGAUGCUGUCGAUACAAAACUCGCUGCCACAGCUACCAAACUUUCUCAACAAAUCGAUGCUAGCAAUGCAGAGACUGCAAGCAAAUUAGCUGCCAUCGAAGAAGCUCUUGCUAAGAUUGUAUCUUCAUUGGAAGGAUUGAGUGAGAAGUCUUCUUCUCCUCAAGAUACAUCGGUUUUGGAAUCACACACUACAAAGUUGGAUGGAAUUGCUACAGAGGUUGCUGCUCUUAAGAGUACUACAAAUGAGGAAGCAUUCAAUGCCAUCACAUCCGACCUUGCUAUUAUCAAGAGUGAUGUUGCCGCCAUCAAGGAAUCUGACUCAAGUGCUACCUCCAAGGAUAUCCUCUCUGCUGUUAACUCUUCCAACGAAUCUCAUGCUUCCCACGCUGCUGUCUUGAACGAAAUCAAGUCUGCUGCCGAAGGACACGCUUCAACUCUUGGAGAGAUUAAAUCUACUCCUGCUUCUGCCCCAACUGAUAUUUCUGGUCUCGAGAACUCCAUCAAGGAUAUUGCUACUUCCAUUGAGGAAAUUAAGUCCGCACCUGCACCAUCUACUGUCGACAUCUCUGGUCUUGAAUCAUCUGUUAAGGAAAUUCUCUCCACUUUGGGUGAAGUCAAGGAAACUGUUUCUGCUCCAGCUGCCGCUGUUGAGAAGACUGACAUUUCUGGAUUGGAAGCUUCUGUCAAGGAAAUCUCUGCUACUGUCAAUGAAAUUAGAUCUACCCCAGCUCCAGCUCACGAAACCAUCGACCUCUCUCCAAUUGAUGCUCAACUCAAGGAAGUUGCUUCUAACGUUGCAUCUAUUAAGGAAUCUACCUCUACACCAGCUGCUACUCCUGAACCAACUGAUAUCUCUGGCUUGGAAUCUUCUGUCAAGGAAAUCAUCGCUACUCUCCAGGAUAUCAAGACUUCUACUGGUGCCGCUCCCAAGGAAGUUGAUUUCUCUCCAAUCACAUCUACCCUCGAAUCCCACAAGAGCACUCUUGAGGAGAUCAAGUCUUCCGCUUCUGGACCAGUCGACCUCUCUUCUCUCGAAUCAUCCGUUGCUGAAAUCAAGGCAGCUCUCGAAUCUCAUUCCGGUACUCUCAACGAAAUCAAAUCAGUUCCAGCACCAGAAAAGACUGAUCUCUCUACCAUUGAGAGCUCCGUUAACGAGAUCAAGACCAUUGUUGAGGAAAUUAAGGCCAAGGAAACUCCAGCUGCCGAGAAGGUUGAUUUGAGCAGUGUUGAAUCUUCAAUUGAAUCCAUCAAGGCGUCUGUUGAGGAAAUUAAGACUAAGGAAUAUCCAGCUGCCGAGAAGGUUGAUUUAAGCAACGUCGAAUCAUCUAUCGAGUCUGUCAAGGCAAUUGUUGAGGAAUUCAAGGCUAAGGAGACCCCAGUUGCCGAAAAGGUUGAUUUGAGCCAAAUCGAGUCGUCGAUCGAGUCUAUCAAGGCAUCUAUCGAGGAUAUUAAGAACAAAGAGACCCCGGCUGCCGAAAAGGUUGAUUUGAGCCAAAUCGAGUCAUCGAUUGAAUCCGUCAAGGCAUCUAUCGAGGAGAUCAAGACUAAGGAGACCCCAGUUGCCGAAAAGAUCGAUUUGAGCGCUAUUGAGGCAUCAAUUGCCUCUGUCAAGAGCACGGUCGAUGAGAUCAAGGCUAAGGAGACCCCAGUUGCCGAAAAGAUCGAUUUGAGCGCUAUUGAGGCAUCAAUUGCCUCUGUCAAGAGCACGGUCGAUGAGAUCAAGGCUAAAGAAUCACCAGUUCCAGAAUCAGUAGAUUUGAGCAAGAUUGAAUCUUCCAUUGAGUCCGUCAAGUCCAUUGUUGAAGAAAUCAAGGCCAAAGAGGCUCCAGCUCACGAAAAGAUUGACUUGAGUGUAAUUGAGGCAUCUAUUGCUUCAGUCAAGAGUACCGUUGAUGAGAUCAAGGCUACUCCAGCUCAAGAACAAAAGGCAGUCGAUCUUUCCAACAUUGAGUCCUCUAUUGCAGCUGUUAAGGCUACAGUGGAUGAGAUUAAGGCUACCCCAGCCCCAACCCAUGAAGCUACUGAUCUUUCUAACAUCGAAUCAUCUAUUGCUGCCGUCAAGUCAUCCGUCGAUGAAAUCAAGGCUGCCCCAGCACCAGAGAAGAUUGAUCUGAGCUCAAUUGAAUCAUCUAUUUCUGAAAUUAAGGCAGCUAUUGAAGAAGUCAAGGCAUCACCUGCACCAGAAAAGAUUGACCUUUCUAACAUUGAGUCUUCCAUCGCCUCCGUCAAGACUACCGUUGAUGAAAUUAAAUCUACCCCAGCUCCAUCCUUCAAGGAAACUGACAUUACUGGUCUUGAAUCUUCCGUCAAAGAAAUCAUCACAAGCAUCUCUGCUCAAGAUGGUGUCUUGACUGAAAUUAAGACUACAACUGAGAAAUUCGACACCAAGGAGGUUUUGACUAAGGUUGAGUUGAUUGCUCAAGAGGGUGUCUUCUUGAAUGAGAAGGGACUUGGUCAAAUCAAGGACAAUGUUAAGACUAUCGAGUUGAAGUCACCAGCUACACCAACAUCGCCAACAACCCCAACUUCCCCAACCUCUCCAGGAUCCCCAUCAUCUUCGACAUCCCCAUCAAAGUCUACCCUUAAGAAGAAGAAGAGAAAGGCGGCGGCUGCAGCGGCUGCUGCAGCAGCAGCAUCAGGAAAUGCUACUCCUGAGGCUAAGUCUGAAGCCGAGAACGAACAAACGGCUUAA